AUGGUGCUAACGAUGGAUCCAUCGGCGUCAUUUCCUGUGUUGACUCUGGAGAAUCCCACUGUGCUAUUUCUCUCAAAGGAGAAAAACGGUUACAAAAGUGAUAUGACAUUUUUCAACGGAAGUGAUACCAAUUUAAUUUUGCCCUACACUAAUGAUAACGAAGUGCAAGUUUCCAUAGAACCUGUAGCUGAUGGGAAAUUGAAAAGUGAGUGUUCGUUAGUGUACAUUAAUACCAUAAAGAGUUAUUACAUGCUACUGAAUUGA